GUGCUGAAUUGCAAACUAAAUUAGAUGCUGCCAAGGAACCUGCCAAAAAAAUUUAUCAAGCAUUUAAGGAUUCAGGAAAAGAUGACGACAAAAAAACCGAUGAAGUCUACACUGCUUUGGUAAAAUUAAUUGAAGAAUUGGAAAGCACGAGCAGUUGGGAUGAUAAACCGGGGGAAUGA